AUGUUCACCGGCAUGAAACGUAAAACUUAUCCUGAAGAUACCAUACGUUCGCAUCUAAAUUUGAAAAAGGAAUCAACGAUGUAUAACCAGCCAAAAAAACCGAACCUGAAAGAACGUUACCUCACUGCACCGAUGCCCGUAACCAAACGACCAAUUUCUAUUUCUAAACAAGACUCAACGAAGCAAGAAGCUCGUGAUCUGAAGCCCAACGUGACACUCGGUUCAUCUAAGUACUUGGAAACGCAUUCCGGAUUUAACACGAAGCAGUCGCAGCCCUUGCAGAAGUAUGCAAGAACAGUCAAAGAGUCAAACCAGCUUGGGCAGUCCAAGGUUGGUCCAUCAACUCAGACGUCAAACGUUUUUGCCUACCGUUCUGCGAUCGAGGGCUCGCUGAAGGCUUCGAAAGGAUCUAAGAGAACACCAAAACCUGCUGCCGCCAACCGAUCGGACAGCACGAAGAUUAACAAGCCGUUAAAACAACCUUUGCAAUUAACGAUGUCUCGUAAUAAUCCUGGAACGACGAUUGACGAUACGAUUAAAAUUCUUAAACCCUACGACUAUCCGGGGAAAUCCGAAACUAUGAGUAAUUUCACCCCCGCCACGCGUUAUGAACAGAAUGCUGACAGCCAAUGUGAUAAAAUUGCGUGUAAUACGGCAUGCUUAAUCGAGCUUAGUAGAAAAGAGUGUUACAAUGCGAUUCUACAAAUGGUCGCCAAAGCCGUCAAGAAUCACAAGAUUUUUCUAAUCCGUGGUGAUAUUCCUUAUCUGGAGGCGUCGAUGAAGUCCAGAGGUUGGGUCCAAAAAUACGAAUCUACGAAAACACGAAUGGUACCGUAUGGGAGUGUUGCUAGUUUGGAUGCACCUUCGUUGGGCAGUAUUCAACUGCCAGGUGGCGGCUUAAACGAAAAGAUGGUAAUCUUUCAAAUGCUGAAACACGUGCCGCCCGAUUUCAUAUGGGACUGUCGGAACGAUUUUACUGAGUGGAAUAACAACAUCAAACAGAGCACGUUACUAAAUCGGUUUCAAAAAUCAUUCAUCUACACGUCCAAACUUGGAAUGGCGACCAUAUUGGAGGACACGCAUUGGAAUUAUGAGGAGAAGGUGUCAAAUGUUCAAUAUCCGAGAACGUACAACUUAUAUCGUGACAAGAAUGCAUUUGUUGAAGAUUAUCGGAUGACGGCAGCGGUUAGUUUGCUGAAAUGGUUUGUAGAGCAUAUUCGAGAGGGCGUGGAACAAGUCGUGCGAGGCUCAUCGCCAAUUUCUAUCCAACAAAUCGAAUUCGCCAUAAAACGAUGCGAGCAACUAGUCGCUAUGGCUAACAAUGAGUACUUGGAUGUUCCACAAGCCACGAUUUCAACCCAGGAAUGGGAUUCAUUCAUCCAAAAUUACAUCAAGGCAGUUCAUUUGGAAAAUGGCUUCGUUGAAACAACGAGUGGACCCCCUUUUCCAGAGAUCGAGGUACCUGUGCUGAAGAAAGUCAAAGAUAUUGAUCCACAAUUUGAGCUAAACGGAUACAGAAAUAUUUGGAUCCUGAAACCAAGUGAUUUAUGUUGUGGAACGGGUAUUGUAAUGACUCACAAACUUAGCCACAUCAUGAAGCGGGUUUGUGACAGUAGAAGAGACUACUUUGUUGUGCAGAAAUAUAUUGAGAAACCACUUCUUGUCGAAUGCACCAAAUUCGACGUCCGGCAAUGGUACCUAGUGACCAAGAGUUACCCUUUGACCAUUUGGAUAUACAAGGAGUCUUUCCUACGCUUCAGCUCGAGACCCUUCAGCUUUGCAAACUACCACGAAGCCGUUCAUAUAUGCAAUACCGCUGUUCAGUGCAAGUACUCAGAGCAGAAGAACUCCGUUCGCGCUAAGGAUUGGGACUGCAAAAAGAUCAACGACUAUCUAAAGAAAGCUGGCUACAGUGGCGAGCCGUGGUACGACGAAGUCUAUCCGAAAAUACGCGAGGCAGUAAUUGCAACGAUGUUAGCCGCCCAACAGCACAUGGACAAACGUAGAUGCAGCUUCGAACUGUACGGUGCAGAUUUCAUGAUAAUGAACGAUCUCUCGGUGUGGCUGAUAGAAAUCAACACAAAUCCACGAAUGCAUCCUCCGAGUACCAGAGUGACGGAGAGAUUGUAUCCCGAUGUCAUGGAAAGUUUAGUCAAAGUGGUUUUAGAUCGUCCUGUGAACCCAAAUGCCGAUACUGGCAACUUUGUUCUGGCUUAUCAACAGAAUGUUACCGAUUUUCAACCCUACUUGGGUGCGAGUAUGUUUGUUCUUGGCGAAGGGAUAAAGCGGUUGAAGCCGAAGAGUUUACAUGAACGUGAGAAUUCAGGAAACCCAUGAAAAGAUUCUCUCAGAACACUAGAAUGCCAGUUA